UAAUGCCACUAGUGACCUCCGAUACCCAGGGCAGGAGGCACAGGAGGAUAGAAAAAAAAUCCUUUGCAGCGCCCCAGGCUACAGAGGGAGGAACAUUCAUUGACUUGAAGGGUGCAGCCAUCAUGUGCGAGCUCUAUAGCAAGCAGGACACCCUGGCGCUGAGGGAGAGGCACAUCGGGCCCUCGUGCAAAAUUUUCUUUGCGGCGGAUCCCAUCAAAAUAAUGCGAGCCCAGGGGCAGUACAUGUUUGAUGAGAAAGGCGAACGGUACUUAGACUGCAUCAACAACGUGGCGCACGUGGGACACUGUCACCCAGAAGUGGUCAAAGCUGCCGCGAAACAGAUGGAAUUACUAAAUACAAAUUCUCGCUUCCUCCACGACAACAUCAUUGAGUUUGCCAAGCGCCUUACCGCCACCCUGCCUCAGGAGCUCUCCGUUUGCUACUUCACAAACUCCGGAUCCGAAGCCAAUGACUUAGCCUUACGUCUGGCACGGCAGUUCCGAGGCCACCAGGAUGUGAUCACCCUUGACCAUGCUUACCACGGCCACCUGUCGUCAUUAAUUGAGAUCAGUCCUUAUAAGUUCCAGAAGGGCAAAGAUGUCAAGAGGGAAUCUGUACAUGUGGCGCCAGCUCCAGACACUUACAGAGGGAAAUACAGAGAAGACCACGAAGACCCAUCCACUGCAUAUGCAGACGAGGUGAAGAAGAUCAUUGAGGAGGCUCACAGCAGCGGAAGGAAGAUUGCUGCCUUUAUUGCUGAAUCCAUGCAGAGCUGUGGUGGACAAAUUAUUCCUCCAGCAGGCUACUUCCAGAAAGUGGCUGAACACAUUCACAAAGCGGGAGGUGUGUUCAUUGCUGACGAAGUUCAAGUAGGCUUUGGCAGAGUUGGGAGGUACUUCUGGAGCUUCCAGAUGUAUGGUGAAGACUUCGUUCCAGACAUCGUCACCAUGGGGAAACCUAUGGGCAACGGUCACCCGAUAUCCUGUGUGGUGACAACCAAAGAAAUUGCAGAAGCCUUCAGCAGCUCGGGCAUGGAAUAUUUCAAUACGUAUGGAGGAAAUCCAGUGUCUUGUGCAGUUGGCUUGGCUGUGCUGGAUGUAAUUGAAAAGGAAAACCUUCAAGGGAACGCUGUCAGAGUGGGGACCUAUCUCAUGGAGCUGCUGAGUGAACAGAAGUCUAAGCAUCCCUUGAUAGGAGACAUCAGAGGUGUCGGCCUUUUUAUUGGCAUUGAUUUGGUGAAGGACCGUGAAAAAAGAACACCUGCGACGGCUGAAGCACAGCACAUCAUCUACGAGAUGAAAGGAAAGGGGGUACUUCUCAGUGCCGAUGGCCCUCACAGGAACGUGCUGAAAAUAAAACCACCCAUGUGCUUCACAGAAGACGAUGCAAAGUUCAUGGUGGACCACCUUGAUGGCAUUUUAACAGUUUUAGAAGAAGCCAUGGACUCCAAGAGUGGAACUGUGUUCUCCGAGAACACAGCUUACAGAACAAAGAUGCCUAAGGAAAUACAAGUGGAAUUGCCCAACCUUAGUGCCACCGAGGCCAGAGAAAUCCCCAGGGGAAAGAGAAAUGGUGUAUGCUCAGACCAGCAAGCCCUGAUCAGCAAAAGACUCAAGACAUGAGAGCUAAGUGCUAAACAGUGGAUAAAUAUCCAGGAACACAGCGUGCAAGUGGAUGCAUCUCAUCUCUUAGUGAUCCUUUAAACUGCGAUUUUCAAUCUGUCUAACUUGUACAUUAAAAGAUAGAUUAAUAAUAUCAAUGAUCAAAGUGAUAAACUAUGUCAACAUUAUUGAUUGAGCCUCUUGUCUGAUAAUUCAUUGCCUGUAAUUCUGUAAUUAUUUAUUCACCUAAAACUGAGUUUUCCUUUGCAAGAUUAAGCUGGGAGCCUUGCUUCUCACGUUGCAAUGUUUGAAAUUAGAGAAACAAGUGAAGUCUAUUCCUUCACAUCAGAGAGUUAGUACACUGAAGUAUUUUUAAUCAUGAGAAAUGCUCUAAAACGGUUGAUAUAAAAACUUUAUUUCUAGAUUUUAAUAAAAUAAAAGACGAUCUAACAAAAAUGAAGGCUAUAAAAUGUAGAGAGCUCUGUAGGUUAUAGUGGUGAAAUCUAAAUCGUUCUGAAAGGAAAUUACAGAGCUGAGAGGAAAAUGGCAAAGAACAGUGGUUGGUAAAGAAGCCUGGUUAUUUGCCAUCUUGUGGGAACUGGAAGGGAACACAUACACAGAGAGACACUGGCAUGAGGAAGUUCCUUGAGUGGCAGAAGCAGCCAAAGCCCAGCAUUCAGGGUUGGGAACUUUGAUUCUGGCUACUCACAGGCUAUGCCACCUUGACCAAGUUGCUCACCCUCCUCCAAACACCUUAUCUUCCCCAACUUCAUUAUCACCUGCAUCCCAAUGUCCUAAAUUACCUUCGUCUGACCUGUAUCUCUCCAUUGCCUUCCUACUAGUUAUUAAACUUGCUGAUUUGUUUUUAUUCCAUGAAGAAGAGACAGCAACUUUGCUAUGCCUGUUUACUGUUAACUGAGUGAGAUGUCUCCUUUGGAGUAUGAGCCUGUUCUUUGGAUAAUGGUAAUUCAGGGGAACUCCUUGUCUGUGGGUAGCACAUGUGGAAGGCCUUGGAUUGUGGUCCUGAAAGUCUGUUCAAAAGACAAAAAAAUAAAAACAAGGCAAACUGAA